GUGGCAUCUACAUCUACAGAACGUGAAGAACCAGUGGCAUCUACAUCUACAGAACGUGUAGAACCAGUGGCAUCUUCAUCUGUUUAGUGUACAACACGUUUGUAAUCGACAGGAGUAAAGUUGGGGCUGAUGAACAAAUCGACUAAUGAACAGACCUCUGGAACGCACCUCGUUAUUAAGUAGAGGAGUCCCCUGUUUCAGUCAUACAUCUCCCGUAAUCAAACAUCGUAAAUAUUGUGUUUGCUGUGUUUUGUAUUUGACAGAUGAUGGAGUUGAUGAUGCUGGUGAUUGUGAUGAUGAUGAAGAAGGCUCGUCCACAGUGAUGGAGAGGACACUCAAGAUGAGUGGUCCACACACGGCCUGGUGGAUCGUCUUGACUUGUGUCUCGUGGAGACAUGCGGCAGGGGGGGAUAGCCACGGAGAUGUGGGACCUGCGUUCUUGGAGGAGCCCCAAGAUGUCGUUUACUCCGUGGGGUCUAAGACAGACAGAGUGUCAUUCCGGUGUCUUGCAAGUGGAUCACCACCUCUCACUCACCGAUGGUAUCGCGACGGCAGCCUCGUCCCGGUCGACGGCGUCAAGUUCCGAGCGAUCGAAGGCUCCCUGGAGGUGCUGGGGCCGGAUCCCCGAACGGACGCGGGGCGUUACCGCUGCAGGGCCACCAAUGGCGUCGGAUCGGUCGUGAGCGGCGAGGCGAGGCUCAAGUUCGCGUACUUGCACGCCUUCAGCCGGCAAGCACGGGGAGCCGUGGCGGUGCGAGGCGGCCAGGGGGUGGUGAUGAUCUGCGCUCCUCCUCCACACGCCGGAGAGGUGUCCUACAGCUGGCUGAAGUCCACCGGGCGGAGACGCCGGACGCGCGUCCGUAGCGGCACGGCCGGAAAACGGGAGAGAGAGGGGGCGGCGGCGGCGGCGGCGGCAAUGGAAGAGGAGGCGGAGGAGGAGGUGGAGGAAGAGGUGGAGGUGCUAUCGGACGGCCGGCGGUUCGUGUCCCAGCUGACGGGCAACCUGUACAUCACGCGGGUGGAGGGCACGGACGCGGGGCGCUACUCCUGCGUGGUGCGCAGCAAGGCGCGGGGAGAACACGGAGCCGGGGUGGACCGCGUCGAGCGGAGCCCACCCACACCGCUCCUGCUGCGGCCCGGCGGAGUUAUGGGGGCGUACGAACCACGGAUUGAAGCCACGUUCCCUUCCAAGAUCAUCGCCGUUCAGGGACACAACCUCAAGCUCGAAUGCUUUGCUCUUGGAAACCCCGUGCCGCGGCUGUCGUGGUCCCGAGCCGGCGGAGAGCUGCCGCCCUCGGCGCGGCUGUCCGAGUCGGGCUCCCUGCUGGAGAUCCGCGAGGUGCGCGAGUCGGACGGAGGCACCUACACGUGCUCGGCACGCAACGCCGCAGGGGGCAACGCGGCAAACGGCACCGUAACGGUGCGCGCUGCCCCACGCUGGCUGCUGCCCCUACGCGACGCCGAGCUCGGAGUCCACGAGGCGCUGCGCUGGCCCUGCCGCGCCUCCGGCUCCCCGGCUCCAUCCUACGCCUGGCUCAAGAACGGCUCCCCCCUCGCCACCACCACCACCACCAGCAGCAGCGCCACCACCAGCAGCAGCAGCGCGCACGGCCGCGUGCGCGUCGCGUCGCACGCGUCCGGCGACCUGCUCGUGUCCCCGCUGCUGCUGUCCGACGCCGCCAUGUACCAGUGCGUGGCCUCCAACAGCUUCGGCAGCGUCACCUCGGCCGCACGGCUCCGCGUCUCAGGCUCCGUGCCGGACUUCGUUGGCCAUGAGCUGCCGGCGGAGACUGUGGCCGUCAGGGGAGGCCGCACCGUCAUCCCGUGCCGCCCCAGGGCCUGGCCUGCACCCCGCGUCACCUGGAGCGGCCCGAGCGGCACCGUCGGCCCCAGCGCCUCCCCCAGGCUCCAUGUGCUCGAAGAUGGGAGCCUGAUGUUCGCGUCCGUGGCGAGCGGAGACGCGGGCAGCUACUCCUGCACAGCGCACAACGUGCUGGGACAGGCACAGAGCGCAGGGAAACUCACCGUGAAGGAGGCGACCCGCAUCACGGCUGCCCCGAGCGGGGGGCUGGUGGCGUUCGGCCACCGGGCGGUGUUGUCGUGCCGCGCAUCUCACGACCCCUCGCUCCGCGUCGCCUUCCUGUGGAGCCGCGGUGGCCACCACCUCGCCCUCGGGGGCAGCGGCAGGAGGGAGCAGUUCACGCACGCGGGCAUGGGGAGCUCCGCGUCCGAUCUGGUGCUCAAGUCGGUGAGCCCCGCCGACUCGGGAGCGUACUCCUGCACGGCGCACACCGACGUGGACAGUGCCACGGCCUCCACGUGGCUCAACGUCACCGGCCCUCCGGACCCCCCGCACUCCGUGGUGGCGACGGACGUGACCACCACCUCGGUCUCCCUGUCGUGGGUCCCCGGCUUUGACAACUACAGCCCCGCGAGGGCCCACAGGGUGGAGGGCCGCUGCUCACACUGUGACCGAUGGACGACCGCCACGACGGAGCCGGCGAUCGUCGCGGCCGACAGACGCGGAGCCCGGGUCACGGGGCUGACCCCUUGGACGGAGGCGGAGUUCCGCGUGGUCUCCAGCAACGCCCACGGGGACGGCGCGCCCAGCGCCUCCUCGGGCUUCCUCCACACCCUGCCCACCGCUCCCGUGGUCAUUCCUGAGGGGCUGUCUGGGGGAGGAGGAAGUCAUCCGGAACUUGUCAUCACCUGGAAGCCCGUGGAGCGCCACCUGCACUUUGGCCCCAACCUGGGCUACGUUCUGGCGUUCCGUGAGAACGCCACCGCGAGCCUCUGGCGUCACGUGACGGUGCCCGCUUGGAACGCGUCGCGCUACUCGCACCACCGCCCCGCAGCGACGGCGCGGCCCUUCGAGGCCUUCCUCGUGCGCAUCCGGGCCUUCAACGGCGCCGGCGAGGGGCCCUUCAGCAACGCCACACUGGUGCACUCGGCCGAGAGAGCACCCACCGUGGCACCGCUGGGCGUGCGCGCGAGGGCCCUGUCGUCGUCCGAGGUGGAAGUCGCAUGGCAAGCGCUUCCACCCGCCCUGCUGGGCGAGCAGCGCAUCGACGGCUACGAGGUGGCGUACCGGCGAAGCGUGGACGCGCCGAAGGGCGCCACGACCCUGCUGAGGACGCCGGGCGGCACGAAGGACCGCGUCCGCCUCCUGGGCCUUCGCGAGCACGCGGAGUACGAGGUGACGGUGCGGGCCUUCAACGGCGCCGGGACGGGGCCUUCCGGCGCGGCCAGCCUGGUCACCACUAGGAAAGCACCUCCGAGCAAGCCGCCCAGAAUCACGCAGUGGAGAACGGACGGCGUGCACGUGACCCUCAGCUGGGAGCACGUGGCCCCUCUCGACAACGAGUCGGCCGUCACGGGCUACAAGGUUCGAUACCGGUCGCUGGGCCAGACGGGCGCUCGCGAGCUGCUGACCAACGAGACGCGGGUGGAGAUCCCCUUACCGCUCGGGAGCGGCGGCCGCGGCAGCGGCGGCGUCGGCGCGGCGCUCGUGGUGGAAGUGCGCGCCUGCAGCGCGGAGGGCGAGGGCAGCGCCAGCACGCAAGUGCGGGUGCCGCACAAGGCCAGCUCCGGGAUGAAGCUGGGAGGAUCGUUCAGCUCGGCGGGGGGCAAGGCAAUGAUGACGACGAGUCCGUGGGGCCUCACGCUCAUCGACGUCGCGCUCGCCUCUCUCUUAGCGCGAGCGUCGUUCUCCUAGGGAGGGCAAGGCGGGCAGGCGGGCGGGGACCCACCACGGAGGCCGGGUUCGUGACGGGAUGCACACGGUGUGUUGUCGGAAGCUCCGAGGAGCAGGAGGAGGAGGGUUUGGAAUGGAAUCAACGUCCCGCCCGACCCGAAAUCGGAGCAACGGCCGCGGGUCACCGGGGCCGAAUGCGUCAAGAAUCGCGUCAUCUGUUGUCAACCCCCUGAUCUUGCCAAGCCCAGCGUGAGAGUUGUAGUCGUAAAGAGGCAUCAUAACAGCCAAGCCCUGCCUACGGGCUGUAGUCUUAAAGAGGCAUCAUAACAGCCAAGCCCAGCCUGAGAGUUGUAGUCUUAAAGAGGCAUCAUAACAGCCAAGCCCAGCCUGAGGGCUGUAGUCUUAAAGUGGCAUCAUAACAGCCAAGUCCUGCCUGGGAGCUGUAGUCUUAAAGAGGCAUCAUAACAGCCAAGCCCAGCUUGAGAGUUGUAGUCUUAACGAGGCAUCAUAACAGCCAAGCCCAGCUUGAGAGUUGUAGUCUUAAAGAGGCAUCAUAACAGCCAAGCCCAGCUUGAUAGCUGUAGUCUUAAAGAGGCAUCAUAACAGCCAAGUCCUGCCUGAGAACUGUAGUCUUAAAGAGGCAUCAUAACAGCCAAGCCCAGCUUGAGAGUUGUAGUCUUAAAGUGGCAUCAUAACAGCCAAGCCCAGCUUGAUAGCUGUAAUCUUGAAGUGGCAUCAUAACAGCCAAGCCCUGCCUGAGAACUGUAGUCUUAAAGAGGCAUCAUAACAGCCAAGCCCAGCUUGAGAGUUGUAGUCUUAAAGUGGCAUCAUAACAGCCAAGCCCAGCUUGAGAGUUGUAGUCUUAAAGAGGCAUCAUAACAGCCAAGCCCAGCUUGAGAGUUGUAGUCUUAAAGUGGCAUCAUAACAGCCAAGCCCAGCUUGAGAGUUGUAGUCUUAAAGAGGCAUCAUAACAGCCAAGCCCAGCUUGAGAGUUGUAGUCUUAAAUAGGCAUAAUAACCGCCAAGCCCGGCUUGAGAUUUGUAGUCUUAAAGAGGCAUCAUAACAGCCAAGCCCAGCCUGAGAGUUGUAGUCUUAAAGUGACAUCAUAACAGCCAAGCCCGGCCUGAGAACUGUAGUCUUAAAGAGGCAUCAUAACAGCCAAGCCCAGCUUGAGAGUUGUAAUCUUAAAGUGCCAUCAUAACAGCCAAGCCCGGCUUGAGAGUUGUAGUCUUAAAGAGGCAUCAUAACAGCCAAGCCCAGCUUGAGAGCUGUAGUCUUAACGAGGCAUCAUAACAGCCAAGCCCAGCUUGAGAGUUGUAGUCUUAAAGUGGCAUCAUAACAGCCAAGCCCAGCUUGAGAGUUGUAGUCUUAAAGAGGCAUCAUAACAGCCAAGCCCAGCUUGAGAGUUGUAGUCUUAAAUAGGCAUAAUAACCGCCAAGCCCGGCUUGAGAUUUGUAGUCUUAAAGAGGCAUCAUAACAGCCAAGCCCAGCCUGAGAGUUGUAGUCUUAAAGUGACAUCAUAACAGCCAAGCCCGGCCUGAGAACUGUAGUCUUAAAGAGGCAUCAUAACAGCCAAGCCCAGCUUGAGAGUUGUAAUCUUAAAGUGCCAUCAUAACAGCCAAGCCCGGCUUGAGAGUUGUAGUCUUAAAGAGGCAUCAUAACAGCCAAGCCCAGCUUGAGAGCUGUAGUCUUAACGAGGCAUCAUAACAGCCAAGCCCAGCUUGAGAGUUGUAGUCGUAAAGUGGCAUCAUAACAGCCAAGCUCUGCCUGAGGGUUGUAGUCUUAAAGUGACAUCAUAACAGCCAAGCCCGGCCUGAGAACUGUAGUCUUAAAGAGGCAUCAUAACAGCCAAGCCCAGCUUGAGAGUUGUAAUCUUAAAGUGCCAUCAUAACAGCCAAGCCCGGCUUGAGAGUUGUAGUCUUAAAGAGGCAUCAUAACAGCCAAGCCCAGCUUGAGAGCUGUAGUCUUAACGAGGCAUCAUAACAGCCAAGCCCGGCUUGAGAGUUGUAGUCUUAAAGUGGCAUCAUAACAGCCAAGCUCUGCCUGAGGGUUGUAGUCUUAAAGUGACAUCAUAACAGCCAAGCCCAGCGUGGGAGCUGUAGUCUUAAAGUGGCAUCAUAACAGCCAAGCCCAGCCUGAGGGCUGUAGUCUUAAAGAGGCAUCAUAACAGCCAAGCCCAGCUUGAGAGCUGUAGUCUUAAAGAGGCAUCAUAACAGCCAAGCCCAGCUUGAGAGUUGUAGUCUUAAAGUGGCAUCAUAACAGCCAAGCCCAACCUGAGAACUAUAGUCUUAAAGUGGCAUCAUAACAGCCAAGCCCAGCCUGAGAACUGUAGUCUUAAAGAGGCAUCAUAACAGCCAAGCCGGGCUUGAGAGUUGUAGUCUUAAAGAGGCAUCAUAACAGCCAAGCGCAGCUUGAGAGUUGUAUUCUUAUAGUGGCAUCAUAACAGCCAAGCCCAGCUUGAGAGUUGUAGUCUUAAAGAGGUUUCAUAACAGCCAAGCCCGGCUUGAGAGUUGUAGUCUUAAAGAGGCAUCAUAACAGCCAAGCCCAGCUUGAGAGUUGUAGUCUGAGGCAUCAUAACAGCCAAGCCCUGCCUGAGAGUUGUAGUCUUUAAGAGGCAUCAUAACAGCCAAGCCCAGCUUGAGAGUUGUAGUCUUAAAGUGGCAUCAUAACAGCCAAGCCCAGCUUGAGAGUUGUAGUCUUAAAGAGGUUUCAUAACAGCCAAGCACAGCUUGAGAGCUGUAGUCUUAAAGUGGCAUCAUAACAGCCAAGCCCAGCUUGAGAGCUGUAGUCUUAAAGUGGCAUCAUAACAGACAAGCCCAGCUUGAGAGCUGUAGUAUUAAAGUGGCAUCAUAACAGCCAAGCCCUGCCUGAGGGCUGUAGUCUUAAAGUGGAAUCAUAACAGCCAAGCCCAGCCUGAGGGCUGUAGUCUUAAAGAGGCAUCAUAACAGCCAAGCCCAGCUUGAGAGCUGUAGUCUUAAAGAGGCAUCAUAACAGCCAAGCCCACCCUGAGGGCUGUAGUCUGAAAGAGGCAUCAUAACAGCCAAGCCCAGCUUGAGAGUUGUAGUCUUAAAGUGGCAUCAUAACAGCCAAGCCCAGCUUGAUAGCUGUAGUAUUAAAGAGGCAUAAUAACAGCCAAGCCCAGCUUGAGAGUUGUAGUCUUAAACAGGCAUCAUAACAGCCAAGCCCAGCUUGAGAGUUGUAGUCUGAGGCAUCAUAACAGCCAAGCCCUGCCUGAGAGUUGUAGUCUUUAAGAGGCAUCAUAACAGCCAAGCCCGGCCUGAGAACUGUAGUAUUAAAGAGGCAUCAUAACAGCCAAGCCCAGCUUGAGAGUUGUAGUCUUAAAGUGGCAUCAUAGCAGCCAAGCCCAGCUUGAGAGCUGUAGUCUUAAAGUUGCAUCAUAACAGCCAAGCCCAGCUUGAGAGUUGUAUUCUUAAAGUGGCAUCAUUAGAGCCAAGCCCAGCUUGAGAGUUGUAGUCUUAAAGAGGCAUCAUAACAGCCAAGCCCGGCCUGAGAACUGUAGUAUUAAAGAGGCAUCAUAACAGCCAAGCCCAGCUUGAGAGUUGUAGUCUUAAAGUGGCAUCAUAGCAGCCAAGCCCAGCUUGAGAGCUGUAGUCUUAAAGUUGCAUCAUAACAGCCAAGCCCUGCCUGAGGGCUGUAGUCUUAAAGUGGAAUCAUAACAGCCAAGCCCAGCCUGAGGGCUGUAGUCUUAAAGAGGCAUCAUAACAGCCAAGCCCAGCUUGAUAGCUGUAAUCUUGAAGUGGCAUCAUAACAGCCAAGCCCUGCCUGAGAACUGUAGUCUUAAAGAGGCAUCAUAACAGCCAAGCCCAGCUUGAGAGUUGUAGUCUUAAAGUGGCAUCAUAACAGCCAAGCCCAGCUUGAGAGUUGUAGUCUUAAAGAGGCAUCAUAACAGCCAAGUCCAGCUUGAGAGCUGUAGUCUUAAAGAGGCAUCAUAACAGCCAAGCCGAGCUUGAGAGUUGAAGUUUUAAAGUGGCAUCAUAACAGCCAAGCCCAGCCUGAGAACUGUAGUCUUAAAGUGGCAUCAUAACAACCAAGCCCAGCCUGAGAACUGUAGUCUUAAAGAGGCAUCAUAACAGCCAAGCCCAGCCUGAGAACUGUAGUCUUAAAGAGGCAUCAUAACAGCCAAGCCCAGCUUGAGAGUUGUAGUCUUAAAGAGGCAUCAUAACAACCAAGCCCAGCCUGAGAACUGUAGUCUUAAAGAGGCAUCAUAACAGCCAAGCCCAGCUUGAGGGCUGUAGUCUUAAAGUGGCAUCAUAACAGCCAAGACCAGCUUGAGAGCUGUAGUAUUAAAGGGGCAUCAUAACAGCCAAGCCCAACCUGAGAGUUGUAGUCUUAAAGUGGCAUCAUAACAGCAAAGCCCGACUUGAGAGUUGUAGUCUUAAAGUGGCAUCAUAACAACCAAGCCCAGCUUGAGAGCUGUAGUCUUAAAGUGGCAUAAUAACAGCCAAGCGCAGCUUGAGAGUUGUAGUCUUAAAGUGGCAUCAUAACAGCCAAACCCGACUUGAGAGUUGUAGUCUUAAAGAGGCAUCAUAACAGCAAAGCCCUGUCUGAGGGCUGUAGUCUUAAAGAGGCAUCAUAACAGCCAAGUCCAGCUUGAGAGUUGUAGUCUUAAAGAGGCAUCAUAACAGCAAAGCCCUGCCUACAGGCUGUAAUCUUAAAGAGGCAUCAUAACAGCCAAGCCCAGGCUGAGAACUGUAGUCUUAAAGUGGCAUCAUAACAGCCAAGCCCUGUCUGAGGGCUGUAGUCUUAAAGUGGCAUCAUAACAGCCAAGCCCAGCCUGAGACCUGUAGUCUUAAAGUGGCAUCAUAACAGCCAAGCCCUGUCUGAGGGCUGUAGUCUUAAAGAGGCAUCAUAACAGCCAAGCCCGGCUUGAGAGUUGUAGUCUUAAAUUGACUGUCCAUAGACUCAACACUACCCAUAGACUCAACACUACCCAUAGAUUCAACACUGCCCAUAGACUCAACACUGCCCAUAGACUCAACACUACCCAUAGACUCAACACUACCCAUAGACU